AUGGAGGUUAGAAAUGACGACGACGACAAUCCCCAAGGCGAUCAACUUAAUUGGAAAUACGGUGCGAGUGUUGGUGUAAAAAAUAACGCAGGAGAUUCCACAGAUCGUUAUUACACCCGGAAUAACAUAAACAACAACAACAACAAUUAUGAUGGGAUCGGGUCGAUUGACAGCGCUGCGACUGCUGAUAUUUAUCCGUCAGGAGACAACGAGCUUUACGCCCAGGAAUAUAAUGCUGAUCCUUGGUGGAAAUCAAAUUUUUUCAUUUCCCAACCAGUAUUGUUUGGCACUUGGGACGGUGUGUUUACGUCCUGUCUGAUAAAUAUAUUUGGUGUUAUUGUCCUGUUGAGGUCUGGAUGGAUCGUUGGACAAGCAGGAGCUUUGAAUGCUGUGUUAAUUAUUUUAUCAACUGUUUGUGUAGCUUUAGUGACAGUUUUAUCAGCAGUGGGAAUUUGCGAGAGAUGCAGAGUUGAAAGUGGUGGAGUUUAUUUUCUACUAUCUCAUGUUUUAGGAUCCAGAUUUGGUGGAUCUAUAGGAUUACUUUAUUGUUUUGGCCAGGCAGUUGGAUGUGCAUUGAAUGUUCUGGGAUUUGGAGAAUCAAUGGCGGAAUUAGUGGGCCUAGAAACACCCUGGACUCAACGAGGUUUCGCGUGUGCUGCCGUUAUUUUAUUAUCAAUAAUAAACAUUGCUGGCGUAAAAUGGGUGAUUAAAUUACAGUUUCUUCUUCUGGUGAUUCUGCUAUUAGCAGCUGGUGAUUUUAUAAUCGGAAGUUUUACUCACGUAAAUCCAGAGGCUGGAUUUGAUGGAUGGUUGUCGGGAAAUCUUCGAAAUAAUACAUUUUCUCAGUAUCAAAGUGACUACGGGUGGUUUACAGUAUUUGGAGUAUUUUUUCCAACAGUGACUGGAGUCCUGGCUGGAAUAAACAUGAGCGGUGAUUUGCGGCAUCCAUCAAAAGAUAUUCCCAACGGUACUUUGGCAGCAUUAGGAACUGGAGCGAUUCUCUAUCUGGUAUUUUCAUUAUUCCUCGCAGCAACAUGCUCUCGAGCAGCUUUGCUGGAUAAUUUUAUGAUCGCAUCAACGGUAUCUGCCUUUUCAGUUCUUCUAUUAGCAGGACUGUACGUCUCGUCAUUCAGCAGUUGUCUGGGAGCAAUGUACGGGACACCUCGAGUGCUCCAAUCAAUUGCUGGACAGAAUGUUAUCCCUGGAAUAAGCUGUUUGCAGCACGGUCGUGGCCCCAACAAAGUACCCAUUUACGCAAUGAUUGUCGUCGCUAUUGUCACGCUGACUUUUAUAAUCAUCGGGGAGAUAAACACACUCGCCCCGAUAGUAACAAUGCCCUUUUUGUUGACGUACGCGUGCAUGGACUAUGCCUACUUUGCUUUAGCACAAACUUUUGAUCUUCAACACACGCGAGAACAAAGAUUCCGAGUUCAGCAGACUCCUACUUUUGACCGAUCAAAUUACGGUACUUUGGGUUACAAUAAUCACAAUUACAAUGACAAUAAUAUUGGCAAUGAGUACGAUGGUCACAAUGAUUUAGAUUCGCUUUUUCCUGAAAGGACUCGUCAUAAAAAUCUUGUGAGAACAUCAAGUGUUAAUUCAGAAACAAUAGGAAAUGUUGACAACAUAUCAUCAUCAUCAUCAUCAUCAUCAUUAUCACCGAGUAUCGAAGACAUACCAAAUAAUAAUUUAUCAAAUACUAAUAAUUUAAAACGUAAAAAUCCACAUAUUCAUGGAAAAUUAGGAAAUUGGUACAGCCCGCUUUGCAACAGAUGGUUUUCAUUAUUUGGCGUAACGAAUAUAAUCGUCGUGUUUCUCGUCUGGAGCUACGUGGGUCACGCGAAUCCAGCAGUAAAGCCGGGAGUAUCAGCGGAAUUCAAACUAUUCGAUUGGCUGAAGAGUUGUAUUUUGAGACUAGUAGGCCGUAAGGUCUACGAUUACGAGCAGAUUGUCGUCACACCGAUACACCCUGGUGUCUCAGUAUCGUCAGCGCAGCUGAACGAGGAGAACCAGGAUUUCGCAGGGAGACGGCGAUACCAUCAGACAGCUACUGUCACUGGUCAAUAUGUCUGCGUUGACUGA